AUGACUGCACAGGCAGAUGGCAGAAUCAGGGUACACCGCUCUCACCACUUGACUCGGUCAUGUAUCAUCUGUGUCUCCAAAGUUAUACUAUACCCUACUACUACUACUACACAGUACUGUUCGAAAAACAAGUUUGCAAGACUGCAUGUGACGUCUACCCCCUUACUCGUGACCCUGGUACAGUAUACACUUCAUGGUAUCCUAGUCAUCACGAUCCGAAUGCUUCCACAAUGA